AUGCCCCUCAAGCCCGAGCCACAAAAGAUCAAACAGAAACCCAGCUACGCAUCCGUUCACUUUCUCCUCUUCUCCUCCUUCAUCGUCGUGACGCUGGCCAUCCUGUCUUUGCGAGCCUUCCCCCGGCUCUCCCUCCUCUCGAACCACCUCGCCCUCCCCGCAAACUUUGCCCCACGAGCCAUCUUCUUCUCGACCAACGCCAAGAACCCCUCGCCCACCAUGUCCUCGUACGCAAAGGAGCUCGAGGUCGCCCAGCUGGCUGUCCAGCGCGCCUCCAUCCUCACCAAGCGCGUCUUCCACGAGAAGGCCAAGGGCACCGUCGACAAGAACGACAAGUCCCCCGUGACCAUUGGCGACUUCGGCGCCCAGGCCCUCAUCAUCGCCGCCCUCCGCCACCACUUCCCCCAGGACGAGAUUGUCGCUGAGGAGGAGGCGGCUCAGCUGCGUUCUGACGCUGGCCUUCGCGACCAGAUCUGGGACCUCGUGCGCACCACCAAGCUCGAAGAUGCUCAGGCCGAGACCCUCCUGGGCGGGCCCAUCGAGACCGCCGAAAGCAUGCUCGACCUCAUCGACCGUGGCAACAGCAAGGGCGGCAGCAGCGGACGUAUCUGGGCCAUUGACCCCAUCGACGGCACCAAGGGUUUCCUGCGCGGUGGCCAGUACGCCGUGUGCCUGGCUCUGAUGGUCGAUGGCGACGUCAAGGUCGGUGUUCUGGGCUGCCCCAACCUGCCCGUUGACGACAAGGCUCCUUUGACUGCCGACAUUGGCUCCAAUGCCACCGACAACACCGGUUACGGCGUCAUCUUCUCCGCCGUUCAAGGCCAGGGCGCCACCUCGCGUCCCCUCCAGAGCGGUGCCAUUGCCGGCGGCGCAUCCAUUUCUAUGAAGCCCAUUACCGAGAUGUCGGCCGCAACCUUCUGUGAGAGCGUUGAGGCCGGCCACAGUGCUCACGACGACCAGGCUCAGAUCGCCGCCAAGUUGGGCAUCACCAAGCCCAGCGUCCGCAUGGACAGCCAGAGCAAGUAUGGUUCCAUUGCCCGCGGCGCUGGCGAUAUUUACCUGCGUCUGCCUGUCAAGGCGACAUACCAGGAGAAGAUCUGGGACCACGCGGCUGGCGAUCUCAUCGUGCGCGAGGCCGGUGGUCAGGUCACGGAUAUCCAGGGCAAGAGAUUGGACUUCUCUGUCGGCCGGACGCUGGCAAAUAACAAGGGUGUGAUCGCCGCGCCAGCCGCUGUACACGAGACCGUUUUGAAGGUUGUCCAAGAGGUAUUGAGCCAAAAGUCAAGCUAG